UCAUGAUUUGUUAGUAAACAAGCCAGUGGAAAAAGCGAAAGCCAAAGCGAGGGACAUUCGACUUCAUCUACGACUUGUUAUUCAUAUCAACUGCGUUUUCUUAGUUCUGUGCGAUAUUAAUAUCCGUGUUUUCUGAAAUUACUGCUGAGAGCUUGCUUUCUACUUGUGGGAAAAGAGACAGCUAAGUUAAAAAUGGGAAAAGCGCCGGCAAUCGGCAUUGAUUUAGGAACAACGUAUUCGUGUGUGGGAGUCUUCCAGCAUGGAAAUGUUGAAAUAAUUGCCAACGACCAAGGCAAUCGAACAACUCCAAGCUAUGUGGCUUUUACUGAUACUGAGCGACUCAUUGGAGAUGCAGCAAAAUCGCAAGUUGCCCUGAAUCCAGAAAAUACCAUUUUUGAUGCAAAAAGAUUAAUUGGAAGGAGGUAUGAUGAUCCCAAGAUUCAACAAGACCUGAAGAACUGGCCCUUCAAAGUCAUAAACCAUGGAGGAAAGCCAAAAAUCUCUGUCGAGUUCAAGGGUGAGCACAAGCUCUUUAAUGCUGAAGAAAUUAGUGCCAUGGUAUUAACUAAGAUGAAAGAGACUGCUGAAAUGUAUCUGGGACAAAAAGUGACCGAUGCUGUCAUCACAGUUCCAGCAUAUUUCAAUGAUUCCCAGAGGCAAGCUACAAAAGAUGCUGGUAAGAUUGCUGGAUUGAAUGUGUUGAGAAUCAUUAAUGAGCCUACAGCUGCUGCUCUAGCCUAUGGACUAGAUAAGAAUUUAAGUGGAGAGAAAAAUGUCCUUAUCUUUGAUUUAGGUGGAGGAACAUUUGAUGUUUCUAUUCUUACUAUUGAUGAAGGAUCUCUUUUCGAAGUAAAAUCAACAGCAGGAGAUACCCAUUUAGGAGGCGAGGAUUUUGAUAAUAGAAUGGUUAAUCAUUUUGUAGAAGAAUUUAAACGUAAGCAUCGUAAAGAUCUUGGAUCUAGCCCAAGAGCAUUAAGGAGACUGAGGACUGCUUGUGAAAGAGCUAAAAGGACUUUAUCUAGCAGUGCGGAAGCCAGCAUUGAAAUUGAUGCUCUGUUUGAUGGUAUUGAUUUCUAUGCCAAGAUAAGUCGAGCUAGGUUUGAAGAACUGUGCAUGGACCUUUUCCGCUCAACUCUAGAGCCUGUGGAACGUGCUCUUUCGGAUGCUAAGCUUGAUAAGAGCUGUAUUCAUGAUGUUGUUUUGGUUGGUGGCUCUACACGCAUUCCUAAGAUUCAAAAAUUGCUUCGGGAUUUCUUCAAUGGUAAAGAACUAUGCAUGUCUAUUAAUCCAGAUGAAGCUGUUGCUUAUGGUGCUGCUGUUCAAGCUGCAAUUUUGACUGGAAGCAAGGAUGAUAAAAUUAAAGAUGUUCUUCUAGUGGAUGUUGCACCUCUUUCUUUAGGUAUUGAAACAGCCGGUGGUGUUAUGACUAAGAUUAUAGAAAGAAACUCGCGUAUACCAUGCAAAACUUCACAAACCUUCACUACUUACUCUGACAACCAACCUGGUGUAGAUAUCCAAGUUUAUGAAGGAGAACGAGCCAUGACAAAAGAUAAUCAUCUUCUUGGUAAGUUCCUGCUCGCUGGAAUACCACCUGCACCAAGAGGAGUACCACAGAUAGAAGUUACAUUUAAUCUUGAUGCUAAUGGAAUCUUGAAUGUGUCGGCUACUGACAAGUGUUCUGGAAAUACUCGAAGCAUCACAAUCACAAAUGAUAAAGGUAGGCUUUCCAAAGCUGAAAUUGAAAGGAUGUUAGCUGAAGCUAAACAGUAUGAGCGAGAAGAUAAAGAACAAUGUCAAAAGGUGCAAACAAGGAAUUAUCUUGAGAGUUACAUAUAUUCUGUAAAGCAAACGGCCGAAUCAGCACCUGAUGAUCGUCUAUCUUCUUCUGAUAAGGCAAAAGUCAAAGAAAUUUGUGAAGAAGUUAUCCAAUGGCUAGACAAUAACACUCUUGCUGAGAAGGAUGAAAUAGAUCAUAAAAUGAAAGAAGCUCAAUCACAGCUUUCCCCUAUCAUGACUAAAUUACAUCAAGGAGGAACACCAAAUACUGGCCAGGGAGCAAAGGCUACUAAUGCUGGUGGUGAUGGGCCAGUAAUUGAAGAAGUUGAUUGAAUUUUGGUAAUCUAAUAUUAAUAUAUAACAAAUUUGUUUUUAUUAAGCUUAACUACUUAAAUUUUUUAUUUCUAAAGGUACAGCUGUAUAGAAAAUUUUCUAUAGUUCCUAUUGUUUAUAGAAUAUUAUAUUUGUAUAUUUUAAUGG